AUGUUGAAAAACAUUGAUGAAUUCAGUCAAGAUUGUCGAAAAGAAGAUUCGAUUACGUGGUACACAAGAGAUGUAUUUGUUUAUCGCAUGAUAAAUCGAGCUUUAAGAACAGUUGACCACGAACAAUUUUACAUUUUUCGUUAUUAUAUUGCUCAUCUCUCAAAACAACUUCAAUCUGUUGAGAAACACCAACCAACCACGGCACCAUACCGAGGUAUUAUGAUGACUCAAGCAGAAGUCAAUGUUGUUACAACUAACCAAGACAAACUCAUUGUAGUUAAUUCUUAUUGAACCAAUUCAGAUAAAACAGAGAAUCUUAUCAUUGAAACAUGUUGUUAUCGGGAUUUAGUUAUUCCGAUAUUGGAAAUAUUUAUUCAUGUCAAGAAAAACUUCGACGAAGCUUUAACGUAUCAUUAUAAUGCAUUACAAAUUCGUCAAGAGGUUUUACCAGCGGAUCAUCAUAACACUGCUUGGAGUCUUCAUCAAAUUGGCAAAAUACAUAAAAGAAAGAAAGACACAACAUUAGCACUCGAUUAUCAUCAGAAAUCUUUUUCUAUCUAUGCGGGAAUAGUGGCGUCUAUAUAUAAAUUGAACAAUGAGCUCAAUAAUGCAAGAGAAUAUUAUGAAAGAAGUGCCGAACUUCGAUAG